GGUGCGGAUAGUACAUCAUAUCACUUGCCACACUGUUCAUGGGUCAAUGGGAGGACUGAAAGUUUUCGUAUUCUACUUUUUUGUCGAACUAUCAUAUCAAAGCAGAAGAGACAUAAGAUGUUUCCAAGAUUGGUCGAGUGCAGUAAUGGUAGAACUCAGACCAACAUGGUUGACGGUGCCGGCGACUCAUGUCUGGUCCUCACUUCCGAUUCAAGGCCGCGCCUCCGCUGGACCACCGACCUCCACGACCGUUUUGUAGACGCCAUUACUCAGCUCGGCGGCCCUAGCAAAGCUACUCCAAAGGCCAUCCUGCGCACGAUGAGUGUAAAUGGACUUACUCUCUUCCAUUUGAAGAGUCACCUCCAGAAAUACAGGCUAGGGCUUUCAACUGCAUACCCUUUAGAAAGUCCUGCUCCUCCAAACCUUCUCGCUCCAGACAGAAAUGAGGGUUACGGAGUAAAGGAAGCUUUGAGAGUUCAGAUGGAAGUUCAAAGUAAAUUGCACCUACAAGUUGAAGUAGAAAAGCGCUUGCAAAUUCGCGAGGAUGCACAACGAAGGUAUCUUACCAGCCUGCUUAAGGCUGCCUGCAAACUUUUUGCAAAUCAGAUUAUAGGAGACUCUGUCACAGACAAUGAGGGAGAAGAUUUUCAAGAACGGGGUACAGAGACAGCACAUAAUCAAUCUGUGUAUCCUUCUUAUCCCACCAACGGUCAUUCUAGCCAGGGAAGUGAAGAAGCAUCCCCGACAGUUAAUCCGCAAUGGAAUGAUGGUUCCACUGAAAGCUGCCUGACAUCACAUGAGUGCCCUUCUUCGUUGUCUCUGGAAUCCUCAUCUCCUGGAGGUGUGAUACAUAGUUAUGACAUGGAUUUGGCUGCAGGUACAUUGUAUGGCAGGAAGCAUAUAUGAGAACUCCCAAUGUGCUUUUUAAAUGAUUAUUGUACAAGGAGAGAUCAAAUUUUAUUUCUUUUAUUUUCCAUCAUUUUAGUGAUUAGAAGUCUAAGUUGAUGUAUUUAAUUAAGCUCAUAUCAACUGCUGAUGAUAAUAAACUGUGCCUACUUAGAUCCCAUGCAUAUUACAUAUUUACAUAUUAACAUGUGAC